CUGAAGACAAGGAAACCUGAAGAGCUGAGGCCGACAUGGCUGAGAAGAAGAGGGCCAUCCUCUUCAGCUUCUGGGGGGUCGUAGUUUCAGGCAGACAUCAUGUUUUCAACAAGCUGGAGGGGUUGCAUAACCUGCCGGGAGGUUUUCUCUCCACAGUGGCGUCCCAUAAAGACGGCGCCAUGAGCCGGGCGGAGAGAGGGGAGCUCGCACUCACUCAGAUGUUGCCGUUGUUGGAGGCCGAGUGCGUGAAGGAGGCACAGGUCCGGGGCGUUGCUCUGCCGUCUGAUUGGUCGGUCAAACGCCUGCUGGAGGAGCUCAGAGAGGCGAUGAUGGACGUCAGAGAGGUCAUCCUGAAGACAGCUGGCAGCCUGCGACGCAGCGGGAUACUGACAGCUGUCCUGGCCAAUCACUGGGUGGAUGACGCCUCAGCUGGAGACCAUCAGGCCUGCCUUCUGUCCCUGCUGGGCAGCCAUUUUGACCUGGUCCUCCAGUCCUGUCGUGUGGGUCACCGGGUCCCUGAACCUGAGGUGUUCAGCGCCGCCCUGCAGCAGCUGGGAGUGACAUCACAGCAGGCACUGUGGUUGGAUGCAGAGGAGGAUGGCGUGAAGGCAGCCAAGGCCACAGGGAUGGACGCCAUCCUGGCGGAGGAUCUGGAUGAUGCUCUGAACAAACUGGCCUCAGCAACUGGAGUUCAGGCAGUAGGAGCAGGGAGCCCCCCGCCCUCCUGCAGCCCUGAUGAAGUCUCUCAUGGAUACAUCAACAUCAGGCCUGGUGUGAGGACUCACUAUGUUGAAAUGGGCUCGGGCCCCCCGGUUCUGCUGUGUCAUGGCUUCCCAGAGAGCUGGUACUCCUGGAGGUAUCAGAUCCCAGCCAUCGCUGCAGCUGGGUUCAGGGUUUUGGCUCUGGAUAUGAAGGGGUACGGAGAGUCCACAGCACCACCUGACAUCGAGGAGUAUUCUCAGGAGCAGCUAUGCAAGGAUUUAAUCUUAUUUAUGGACAAAAUGUCCAUGCCACAGGUCACCCUGGUGGGUCAUGACUGGGGUGGCGCCCUGGUCUGGACCAUGGCCCAGUAUUACCCUGAGAGAGUCCGGGCCGCUGCGUCUCUGAACACUCCUCUGUUUAAAGCCGACCCCAGCAGCCCUCUUGGAGACAAACUGAAGGACAUCUCCAUUUUUGACUACCAGAUCUACUUCCAGACACCUGGCGUCGCAGAGGCCGAGCUGGAGAAAGACUUGGAGAGGUCGUUCAAGAUUUUCUUUUCCAGCAGCUCUGAAGCAGCCAAACGUCCAAAAAUCAGCUCUGAAGGAGUCUGCAAACGAGGUGGUCUGUUUGUGGGUCUGCCGGACCAGAUUCCCCGUAGCUCCAUGCUGACAGAGGCCGACCUGCAGUUCUACGUCAGCCAGUUCAAGGAGCGAGGCUUCAGGAGGCCGUUGAACUGGUAUCGUAACACAGAGGCCAAUCAGAAGUGGAUGUGCUCUCGGCCCGCUAUAAAGCCGUCAAUGCCGACUCUGAUGCUGACGACCGGUAAAGACAUCGUUCUUCUGCCAUCUUUCAGCCAAGGGAUGGAGGAGACGUUCCCUAACCUGAGCAGAGGACACAUCGAGGAGUGUGGACACUGGACUCAGAUGGAGAGGCCGGCUGAAACCAACAGGAUCCUGAUCAAGUGGCUGAAAGAAGCUCACGAGAAACCGGCUCACUGCUCUCGACUGUGAGAGAAGAAUCCAGAAUCAUCAGUCUAGAAUGAUUUAUAUUAACCUAAAGCACUUCUGAAUAACAUUUUCUACUAAAGUGGAAUCUGAAGAUUUUCUUUGGUUUUCAGCAUCAUUUAUUUCUGUUGUUUCAGUAAAGUUUUCCUUUUAGAGAAAUGAAAGUGAAAUAAAAACAUUUACCUUGAUUAUCAUCAGAGUUCACAGGUUACAGGUGAAAGAAAAGGACAGUUUAUUUAAGUUAAACCAACAACAGAGGGAUGAAAUCAACAUUAAAAUACAGAAUAAGGGAAGAGUUAAAAGAUAAACGACUUAUAUACAACACUUCACUGACUGUAGCUUCAUGGAGACUUUAGGAUUCUAUGAAUAGAUUUUUCUGUAAAAUAUUCGUCUGAUUUUAGUCAUUUUUGGUUUGAAUAUUUAAAGAAAAACAGGCAAAACUACAGACAAUUAAAAUCUGAGAAUGACAGAAGGAAAUUCUGAUAACUGAUCGGAUUAAAGAGAAUAUUCACGAAAAUACAAGAAAUAAAAAACAACUAUUUUCACAGAGUAAAGCUAAACCACACC